AUGCACAAUCCCAGUGCACCGCUAAAGCCCUGGUCGUCCUGUGUGUUCCAGGCUUGUCAGGACCGUGUGGGCAGCUGGCCGUGGUCUGGGCCCUGGGACGGGGGUUUGGCCCAGGCCCACUACCGCUACAGCCUCACUACGCUCACUGUGCCGCGGCGCUGCCUGGGCAUGGCCAGACGACGGGUCGGACGGGGCGGCAGGGUUCUGUUGGACCGGGCGUACACAGACUACGACAACGUUUACCACCAACUGGAUCCAGAAUCCUUCAACCUGCCCGUUCCUCCCUCUCCGGCUCCUCCUACGACUCUACGCUCGCCGGCCGCCGACAAGUUGGCCAGUACCUCAGAAACAAAUACCUCGGACAGAAGUUCCUCCUCCUUCAACUCCUCGGUUUCCUCUUCCUGUCCCUCUUCCACGGACCUCAGUCAGAUACUGUUGAAUAUAAAGUCGUGCCGCUGGAGGCACUUCCGACCACGGACACUACCACUACAUGAGCUGGACAACGCCCACCCGCUGUUCAGGAGGCUGAGCCGAGGCCUGAAGCGCCCCGUGUCCGUCUGCGGUGCGGGGGGGCCGCCCUACGGCUGCCAGCGCCCUGGAAGGCCUGUCCCAGCACCCACACCUACCGCUGCUCUAACAGCCGAACAGUACCAGCAGCAUCAGGAGCAGCUGGCUCUGAUGCAGAAACACCAGCUGGAACAAAUCCAGCUACAGCAACAGCAAGCCAACAGCACCACCACUGCCAACAGCACACAGGGCCUGGUAAACACACUGGACCAGGCCACCGCUCAAUUCGCCGCCUCGGCCCUCGUCACCGCCGACCAACUGCUGGCUCUGAAAACCAAGGAGGAGCUGGCCUUGGGAGGCGGAGUCAACGGUGUCCUGUCCCCCUCAGGUGUCUACAAGGGCUUGCACCUCUCAAGCACAGCGUCCCCCUCCCCCGCGGCUCCGGCUCCGCCCACCGCCUCCCCUGGCCCCGCCCUGCUCCACCCCUGCAGCACCACCACCAGCUCUGCGUCGGCACCGAGCAACAACGGCACCGCCCACCCCGCCAACGCCGCCACCGCUAACCCCGCCUCCACUCAGGUCCUGCUGGGAAACAACAACAACAGCCUCCGUCUGGGCGUGGCCGCCGCCAAGCGCGUCCACGCCCCCCGGACGCUGAGCUCCACCAUGUCGACAUCCGCCUUAAAGCUGGCGCACGCAGCCGCCGCCACCGCCAACUGUCAGAAGCCCAAGGUCGCCACGGCCUCGGCCACGCCCCUCGACAUAGUGCCCAGGGAGAAUCACGAUCAAGACAAGCCAGCACUGAACAGUCUAUCAGAGAACACAGUGGCCAUGGAAGUUACGUAACCUCCCUGAACGCAGCACGGGGAAAGUGUCAACACCCCUUUCUGUUUUUUUUUUUGUUUUUUUUUUCCCCAGUUUUUUUCAUUUUUAUUUUUUUUAGGUGCUAUGCAUCGUUCGUCAGCGAAUGCAAAGCGGGCGGCGGAAUGAGCAAAAAAAAAAGGCUGGGUUUCCACGGCAACCAUCGAGGGACUUAACUGCAAUGCUCGUCUCGUACAAUUAUUUUCUCCCCCUGCCCCCCCGACCCCCCCCCACACACACACACACACAUACACACACCCCCUCCCUCUCCCAGUCCCCCCUCCCCCUCCCCUAUUUGUUACUGUUAAUAAGAGAUCGUCUGUAAAUUCUUAAUAUGACAAUUCUAUGUACAGUACUGCAUAUUUGUAAUACCACCCCCCCUCCCCCCUGAAGCCCCCCCCUAUUCUUGUAUAUAACAUUACUUGAAUACAGAAUUGUUCAUUUGUGAUGUUUUGCACUCGAGAUAUUAAAAAAAAAAAAACCCAUAAGAAAAUCCAAUUAAAAAAGAGAGAAAACGACAAAACUGCGA